AUGUCUUUAAACAAAAAAGAGUCGCAUUCGCGAGAAGAAGCUACAGGAAUGUACGGGGCGACUGCUCGUAGUGAGAGCAGCAGCGCGAACGGUUUUCCCGAUGCUGAAAUUGCGCCUCCAACCAGCACGACGACACAACGGGAGUUUCGCGAAAUCAGCAAAACAGCAGCUCCACUAGUUGUGACGUUUCUGUUGCAGAUGUCAUUGUCUUUUGUGAGCGUUAUUUUUGUGGGCAGACUAAACGCGCUGGCUUUGGGCGGCGUUGCACUCGCCAACGUGGCGUUCACAGCGACGAUGGCCAUUUUCCAAGGUCUGGCAACCUGUCUGGAUACAUUGUGUCCACAGGCCUACGGCAGCAAACAGUAUCAAUUGGUAGGGUUGUAUUUCCAGCGGUGUGUAGCGAUUUCGGUGCUGUUUGCAGUGCCUAUCGCACUGGUGUGGUGGUUCGCUGCCCCGAUUCUGCAACUUCUCGUCGAAGACGCCAGGCUCGUGGCUAUUGCAGCAGGUUAUUUGCGAGUGAUGGUAGCCAGCAUCCCGGGCUUCGUGAUCUUUGAGUGCGGGAAAAAGUAUCUGCAAGCACAAAAGAACUUUACUACGGGUCAAUACAUCCUGUUCGUGUGUGCUCCGAUAAACGUGCUUUUGAACUACCUUUUUGUUCUCCGGCUCGGCAUGGGCUACAUCGGUGCCCCGCUUGCCGUAUCUUUGACAUUCACCCUGAUGGGUAUGACGUUGUCGGGCUAUAUAUGGUAUUGUGCGCGCCAGGAAAGCAGCGUUAACUGCUGGAAUCCGCUUUCAAAUUGGAGACCCAUUUUCUCGCAAUGGAAAACAAUGAUCUCUCUGGCGAUACCCGGUAUCAUCAUGAUAGAAGCUGAGUUUUUGGCUUUCGAGUCCCUUACCUUUUUGGCUGCACGAUUUGGCACCAACGCUUUGGCAGCCCAAUCGGUGGUUGCGUCUGUGCAAAGUUUGACGUUCCAAGUGCCAUUCGGAACUGGAGUUGCAGCCUCUAAUAGAAUCGCACACUAUGUUGGCGACAAACAGAUUAGCAACUGCAGAAUCGCUACCAGGGCCACGUUACUCCACAUUGGUGGAAUCCUAGCCAUGGCCAACUUUCUGAUUCUCGUUUUGGGCAGAAACAUAGUUCCGUCGUUUUUCAGCAAAGAUGAAGAAGUGACGCACUUGGCAGCGCAAAUCCUGCCCAUUAUCGGCGUGAAUCAAUUCGCGGACGUAUUCAACGUUUUGGCUGCAGGUGUUCUGCGUGCUCAAGGUCGCCAACGAAUUGGCGGAGCUUUGAAUGUUCUUGCGUAUUACGCUGUGGGCAUCCCGCUAGCCUUAACUUUGGGUUUUGGUACCGAAAUGGGACUCAAAGGAUUCUGGUUAGGUCUCGGCUGCGGGAUAGUAGUGUUGGCCAUUAGCGAGGUAUACUGUGUGCAUAAGUCUGAUUGGACCAAAAUUAUACAUGAUUCUCAUCUUUUGCAUCAAGCUUCUGCGGCAAAUCACUGA